GACAAAUUAAAAAAGCACCUAAAAUAUUCAGUGAAUAGUUAACCAGUCAUAAAAGCGAAAAAUCAUUGUAAAUUGAUUGUAGUAAACAAGUAAACAUGGAAAUGCUGAGGAAAAAUUUUACGAUCAAGGUUAUUCUCCUAAUGACCAUGUGUAUCAUGGCCGCCUGCUUCCCAUCGGAUAGGGAUCUAAUUUCUUCUGAAAGUUCAGUGCAGGCAGACAAUCCCGCGGCAUCAAUAGAACCAUCCGAUCAACAACUGAAGCUCAGUCGUGCCAGGCGGGAGAUCAUUUUCCGUCCACUUUUCGUAUACAAACAAGAGGAGUUGGAGAAACAUCAUUUCAACAAUAAAUUUGUUUUGGCACCACAAGCUGAACAACAGUAUCAGCAAUACCUUUCGUCGAAUUUUUAUGGUUAAUCAAUGAUUAUCUCCUGAGGGUAAUGCAAAAAGUACAGGGCAUUGAAUGCUUAUUGGAAUUAUUGUCUAGACUAGGAAUUUUUGUCUAGACUAAGUUAAGUUAAAAACUGAGCUAUCAUUUAGGUUGAUAUAUUAUAGAUAAGACACGAAGCCCUCCCACGGUUAGGAUGGUUUACUCUGACCUAAGAAUCUCUUUAGUCCCAUUGAUUAGUUCGCUAGCUUAUAUGUUUAGUCAAGUAACAAAUGUGAUACAGUUUAAGAAGGCCAAUUUUGGAAUUUCAGAUACACA